GAUGUCUUAUGAUUCGACAUCACAUGAAAUCAUAUCUGAGCGCAGCUAUGCGGUGAUAUGGUGAUAUUUAAUGAAAAUAAUAUAAUCGUUCAGAUGGAAGGAUAACCUUAGACCUGACACUGGACUUAUGGCUCUAACAUCCUCAGCAUAUGACUCCAGCAAUGAGAUCCGGCCAGCGAUGCAGUGAGCAAAAUGCAGGCUCCUUUAAUUUCUCACAGAGACACCACUGCAAGGGACAGCUCAAGAUUUAUGUUCCAUGUGACUGAAGCGAUAUCUUUCGGUGUUAUUGUUGUACCAGGAGAUGCACGUGAAAUCGUGUUGUAUUUAUAAAGGACGCAACACGUUGUUGAUUGAUCAGGAGCUCAAGGUGUCAUUCAGUCUUGAUACAUGGGAUGACGUUUGGGCGUGUGUCCUGUCUCAUUGCCCCCAGCCCCGUCUCCUGUCUGUCUGUGGGGUCCUGACGGCAGCCGCUCAUGAGACGCUUUGUGUAUUGUAAGGUGGUGCUGACCACCUCUCUGGUGUGGGUGCUGGUGGAUGUCUUCCUGCUGCUGUACUUCAGUGAGUGCAACAAAUGUGACAACAAGAAGGAUGGCUCACUGCUUCCUGUGCUCAGAGCGGUGAUGUCUCGCACACACGAAGCUCCAGGUGAAAUGGGGAAGGCAGUGAUUAUUCCUAAAAAUGAACAGGAGAAGAUGAAGGAGCUCUUUAAAAUUAAUCAGUUUAACCUGAUGGCCAGUGACAUGAUCACACUCAACAGAAGUCUGCCUGAUGUCAGACUGGACGGCUGUAAGACAAAGACAUUUCCAGAUGACCUGCCAAACACCAGCAUUGUGAUUGUAUUUCAUAAUGAGGCUUGGAGUACAUUACUGAGAACCAUACAUAGUGCCAUAAACCGUUCGCCACGGCACCUGCUGCUGGAGAUACUGCUGGUGGAUGAUGCUAGCGAGAGAGAUUUCCUAAAGAAGAAAUUGGAAGACUAUGUUGUGACUCUGGAAGUUCCAGUGCGGAUUUUGAGGAUGGAACAGCGAUCCGGGUUGAUUAGAGCGCGGUUGAGAGGAGCAGCUGCCACACGAGGACAGGUCAUCACCUUCCUGGAUGCCCACUGUGAGUGCACUGUCGGGUGGCUGGAGCCACUACUGGCCCGUAUCAAAGAGGACCGGAGGGCUGUGGUCAGCCCUAUCAUUGAUGUCAUCAGUGAUGAGUCAUUUGAGUACAUGGCCGGCUCUGAUAUGACCUAUGGCGGUUUCAACUGGAAACUGAACUUCAGAUGGUAUCCGGUACCUCAGAGAGAGAUGGACCGGCGCAAGGGAGACCGAACCCUCCCUGUCAGAACGCCCACAAUGGCCGGAGGUUUGUUCUCAAUUGACCGUACGUAUUUUGAAGAGAUUGGCACGUAUGACUCAGGCAUGGACAUAUGGGGAGGAGAAAAUCUGGAGAUGUCUUUCAGGAUCUGGCAGUGUGGUGGAUCUCUAGAGAUAGUCACAUGUUCUCAUGUAGGACACGUAUUCCGGAAAGCCACGCCUUACAGCUUCCCUGGUGGAACUGGUCAGGUGAUCAACAAGAACAACAGACGAUUGGCUGAAGUCUGGAUGGAUGAGUUCAAAGAUUUUUUCUACAUCAUUUCACCAGGUGUGGUUCGGGUGGAUUAUGGAGACGUCUCCUCUCGGAAGGCUUUGAGAGAAGCUCUGAAGUGUAAACCAUUCUCAUGGUACCUGGAAAACAUUUACCCUGACUCUCAAAUUCCACGCAGAUAUUACUCACUCGGAGAGAUCAGAAAUGUUGAGACCAACCAAUGUGUGGAUAACAUGGGCCGCAAAGAGAAUGAAAAGGUUGGUUUCUUCAACUGUCACGGAAUGGGCGGCAACCAGGUGUUCUCAUACACAGCUGAUAAAGAGAUCCGUACAGAUGAUCUGUGUCUGGAUGUGUCACGGCUCAACGGACCUGUUGUCAUGUUGAAGUGCCACCACAUGAAGGGGAACCAGAUGUUUGAAUAUGAUGCAGAGCGGCUGACCCUGCUGCAUGUGAACAGUAACCAGUGUCUAGACAUGCCGUCUGAGGAGGAUAAGAUGGUGCCCACUCUCAGAGACUGUAAUGGUCGUCGCUCACAGCAGUGGAUCCUCAGGAACAUGACGCUAAGUGUCUGACUGAAACGCUAACAACUAGUACUGAACCUUGAGCUGGUUUAUGGCUUUUUGCUGGGCUGUGAACUGUCAUUUUCUGGUCCUUGGAUCAAGUCCAGCCAGCCUUUGAUCAGAAUCCAUUUACUGACCCAUUACAGUCUGCAGUACAGACAGGGCUGGAUAAUGGUCUUGCAAGGCCCCUGGCCACAUGUCUGAGGUCAGAUCCGGUGGUCGACUGAGGUUUAGACUCUUGCCGUCUCUGAUCUGAGCAUGUGUUGCAGAAUAUCUCUGCUGCUCAUUCUGUGUUGGAGUUCUGGUGCCUCUUAAAGGGAUAGUUCACCCCAAAAUGAAAAUUCUCCUUGGGUUUCCAUGGAAAAAAAUAACAGCAUAUGGGUUUGGAACCACAUGAUGGUGAGUAAAGAAAAAAGGAAGAAUUUUCAUUUUUGGCUGAACUAUCCUUAAAUAUCUUACACAUCAUAUGUUGGACUAUAUACUGUAGCCCAUAUGUUUCUUCAGUUGGCCACUACUGAGGGGGUAUCGUGUGUUAUAAUGAACUUAAUGCUGCGCUCUGCUUUAUCUGCAGCAUCUGAAAGGAUUGUGAAUUAGUCAGUGGACUGUGUACUGAACAGACUGUAUUAUUUGCUGCUGUUCCUAUCGGAAAUGUCCACUCAUUAUCUUGACUUUCAUCUCUCUCAGUGGGGCUGCAAUAUACUGAAUUGCCUUAAGGAAACAUUAUGAUUAGAAAGGGAUGUAGACAGCAAAACUGAACAGAAACAAUGGAAACAUACAUCUUCCAUAUAUCUGUCACAUACAA